AUGUCUUAUCCCGGACAGCCUGGCCGUGUGGACGAAUACAUAGACGCGGCCGAUCCUCGCUGGGCUGGUCUUCAGUCGUCCCCUUUUCUUGGAGUUUCGCAUCCCUACACAUCAGCGGGGCAUAGCUCCGUGAUACUCACUCCGAUCAGCCUCGCUGAAAACCCAUACCUGCAAACACGCCAGAGUCCGGCGUUGAGUCACCACUCUCACGAAUACCCUUACCACGGCGUGGACGAGAAUGCGGUCCAACAAGGGUUGGGCAUCACCAGUGCCUACCAUGAUCUCGUCGCACCCACAUCAUCUCCAAACUACGGCUACCAUCAACAAAACAACCAUCACCAUCAACAACAACAACAACAACAACAACAUCACCACAACCACCGACACUCGAUGGAAUUCGGCGGCUAUGGCUCCGAACACGGCCUCGACUCGCCCCCACUGCACCAGGUUAAACAUCCCAGGCGGCCUACGUCGGGAAGCACACCGCCAUUGCGCUCAUCGCCUGUGACUAUUCUUCCCCAUCCAGACGGCCUGCAGCGUCUCGAACAGGAGCGCCGGCACGGAUACGUUGUCGAGAGCCAACAACGGGAACAGCCACGAUCGCGACCGUCCGGUCGAGGACGACGUGACCCCCAGGCCGAGGAAGAGGAUGCGUUUGUCGAAAGCCUGCGAGCGCAGAAUCUGUCAUGGAAGAUUGUUGCGGAGAUGUUCCGCGAACGCUUCGGCAAGAACUCCACCGAGGCCAGGCUGCAGAUGCGCAUGCUGCGGAGGCGAAAGAGCGCAGCAGCAUGGCAAGAGGCAGAUAUAGCCCUGCUUCAAGAGGCCCAUAAUUAUUGGCAAACGCAAAAAUACAGCAUCAUCGCAAGCAAGCUACAAGAACUCGGGGCCAGUCGCAAGUAUAGCGAGCAACAGAUUGAAGCACAACUACAACAAGACCCAGUCCCUCCAGAUGUCGGAUCUGACGACGAAUGCGUGGUGGUCACAUCACCCGAGCAGGAAACGAAAGCGAACAGUGCCUUGGCGAGCGUGCCGAAAAAGCGAAAACGAUUGCCUGAUGAUGGGUAG